GGUUUUAUUACUCUGUGUUAUUUGAUCAAAUAUUUAAUACGACUGCCAUCAUGAGACUCUGUGAUUUUUUGAGAGUCCCAGCUUUAUUUAUUAUGGACCAAAUUUUCAAAAUUAGUUUCGGGUUUGAAAAUCUUGAUGGUAUAAUAAUUAAUUUACAUAAUACCUCCAAGAACGGUGACUUUACGCAAUACUACAAGCUCAUGUUUCUAUUCUUCACCAAAAUAAUAGUAUCUUGUUUAAUAUUUGGUUUAUCAUUAUGUUUAUUGGCUCUACCUACCCGGUACUUGUACUUAGUAUACUUACAUUCAGUUUCUGUUUGUGUUGUACUUUUAUCUUAUUGGGCAAAUACAGAAACACUAAAUGUUUUAUCGGAGAAAUAUGAAAACUUUAUAACAAUUAUGAUAAACGGAGCUGUAACAUGGGAUGUAGAUAUAAUUAUACAUCAUUUUAAACAAUUACAAAUAGUAAAUGUCCUAUACUUGUUAUUCUUUAAUGUAAUACUACAGAUUUUUCUAUCACAAGUAUUUGACUUCUUACAAGUUUGUACCACUAAUCAUACCAACCAUAAAGUUUUUAAUUUAGGUUUUAUUAUGCCUACUAUAAUAGCAUUAAUACCUGGUUCGCAUGCAUUUUUAAAUACAGUAUCUGUGUUAUUAACAUUGUUGCCAUUGUUUAUCAUGCUAAAAACAUUAUUGCUAAAUAUAUUUACAAUAAUAGACUUAUUUUGCCAUGGAUAUAAUCAUAUCCGAUUGACCAUUAAUACUUAUGAAAUAAAUAACCUUAUUAUAAUUGAAUGGUCUCGUCUCAAAAUCCCAAGUGUUUUACGAAUAUUUUGGGCUAUGCGAGUAUUGGAACAAAUGGCAUACUUGUUAACUCAGAAAGAAAUAAAAAAUGAAACUUUGUUUAAAGUUGUAAAAUAUUUGUUGAUUAAAGGUUGUAAUACAUUUACUGCAGUUUUAGGAAUGACAAGUUUUGUAUCAUACUUUUUCUAUUAUCUAGGAGCAUUCAUUCGAUGGAUAUUGUUGACUGAAGAUGUGGAACAGAUUAAUAUUGAAAAUGUGUUGGCAGUAUUAUUUUAUUUACUAGCUAUACAAACUGGACUAACAGUCACAGAGCCAGAAGAACGUUUUGUACAACUUUAUCGAAAUUUUUGUUUAACUUGUGGUAUCCUAUUAAUUUACGUCCAUAGUUUAGUUAAUCCAUUAUUAUUAUCUUUGAGUAUUUCUCAAAAUUCUUCACUUAAUAGGCAUUUAAGACCUCUUUUAGUUUGCGGAUUUCUUUUAGUGCUUUCAUACAAUAUAUUGAUAUACUUGUGGUCUUACAAUUUAUUGAACAAUUGGCUACUAGCAUUUUCUUCCUUAAACAUUCAAAUUAUUAUAAAAGUAUUGGUAACAUUAGCUAUCUAUUCAUUAAAUAUAAUUAAUGAAUAUUAUAGGUUAUUUGAUGAGAAAUUGGAUGAUUAUGUGUUCUAUAUUAAAUCAUUUGGCAGUGUGGUGAAUUUUUGUUUUGGAGUCUGUAUUUUUCUAAAUGGUGUUUAUAAUACAGCUUUUGUAUCUGAUAGUGUAAUCCAUACACCCUUGAUGUGUUUAGAUGCAUAUUUAAUCAUAUGGUGUGGCAUUAGGGACGGAUGGAAAAUAUUCAUUAGACGUCGUAUAGCUAUGCUCAAAAUUGAAUCAUUAGCAGAUGCAACUAAUGAACAAUCAUCAGAAAUUAAUGAUAAUUGUCCCAUAUGUUAUCAAAAAAUGGUUUCAGCAAAAAUUACCAAUUGCAAUCAUUUUUACCACGGUACAUGUCUGCGUAAAUGGCUCUAUUUACAAGAUUACUGUCCAAUGUGUCAUACAGUUGUAUCCUAGGCAUAAUUGUCAACCAUCCAUAACGCAGUGAAUAAAUAUAGAAUAUUAGAUAGAAUUUAAACCUAUUUCAAAGGUCUUCAAAGUGUUUUUGAAGUUGAUAAUUCUUAGAUAAUUUUAAUUGAUUAGAUUUUUUA